AUGGCGGCGGAGCUGGGCGCGGGGCUGCGCAUCUUCCGCGAUAUACUGAGAAGAGCAGACAAGAAUGAUGAUGGAAAACUGUCCUUUGAUGAAUUCAAAGCUUACUUUGCUGAUGGAGUUCUGAGUGGAGAAGAACUGCAUGAACUUUUUCACAUGAUUGAUACACACAAUACAGACAAUCUUGACACUGAAGAGCUUUCUGAAUAUUUUUCGCAGCACUUAGGAGAAUAUGAAAAUGUUCUCUCUGUUUUGGAGGAAUUGAACAUUACUAUACUGAAGGCAAUGGACAAAACAAAGAAAGACUAUCAAGAAGCUUCUAAUUUGGAGCAGUUCGUGACUCGCUUUCUCCUGAAGGAAACGCUGAACCAGCUCCAGUCCCUCCAGGCUUCCCUGGAGUGUGCCAUGGAAACCACAGAGGAGCAGACUCGGCAGGAAAGACAAGGUCCAACAAAACCAGAAGUGCUCUCAGUGCAAUGGCCAGGAAAACGCUCUGCUCGAAGGCUUCAAAGGAGCAACAGCCUAUCACCCAGUAACCCUCAAUUUAACACAGGCUGGAUUGAGGAAGAGAGCCAGUGGAUGACCCAGAUAAGCAGACUUCAGAAGCUGAUUGACAGGCUGGAAAAGAAGGACUUGAAGCUUGAGCCAUUUGAAGAAGAAGUUUUGGAAGAAAAUGCAAGAUCUCACAUAAUGAUCGUUCAACGUCAAAUGUCUGUGAUAGAAGAAGAAAUUGAGGAAUUCAGGCUUGCUCUGAAGCAGUAUGUGGAGUCUGCUUCUGCUCAGAGUGGCUGUUUGCAUGUUUCCAUACAGAAGCUUCCAAAUGAUUCCCGCUUCAUUAUUUAUGAGUUCUGGGAGAACAGCAACAUCUGGAAUAGCCACCUUCAAAUGAAUUACAGCAAGACAUUCCAAAGAAGUAAUGUGGACUUCCUGGAAACUCCAGAGCUCAUUACAACAAUGCUAGUCCCUGCAUCGUGGUGGGUCCUCAAUAACAACUAGAAGCUGUGAUUCCAAGUAAUUAUGUUAUGUUUUUCACUACAAUAACAUUUAACAGUGCACAGGUGUGCUGGGUUAGAGGUUUAUCACGUGAUACUGCAAUACUUUGGAUGUAAUCUGUUCUAAAAUAUGGAAAAUCACAUUCAUUGCCUUCUUGUGAUCAGUUUAGUGAAAUAAUGCAUUGUAAAAGCUGAAAAAAAGACAAAACUAAGCUCAACUGUUAACUGUGCAUAUUUAGUCCUGUCACAGAAAACUGCAUCUUGAUUGGUGUGACUGUGUAUUUGUGAAUACUUUUAGUCGCGCAUUAAUAAACAAUUGUUACUUAAUGCUGCUGUUUUCUCCUUGUACCGGAGAAACAGGUAUAAAGUUGAAAACACAUUUCCAUAAAUGUCUAAGUCUACUUUAGGAGAAUAAAUGAAUAAUUUGUUCAUGUUAACACUAUCAUUCAGGAAAUUUUUUGCCCAAGAAAGGACAAGGCAGCACCAUUUUCUCUUAAGAGCCCCUAUGGCC